GUGCCAAGCGUGUGACGGCUGCUUUUCCCCACGCUUUCCCUUCCUCGGCCGAACCCCGGCUAUAUACCACUCCUCCACUCCACUCCCCAUCCCUCUCCCGGCCGCAACUUCUUCUCGACCAGAUCAGAGCACUAGAUAGAUCUCUUGAUUCUCCUUGCGCCUGGAUCGAGUCCAAGCGGAGGGGAGAUGGCUGACUGGGGCCCUGUGGUGAUCGGGGUGGUGCUGUUCAUCCUGCUGUCGCCGGGGCUGCUGUUCGAGAUCCCGGGGUCGCACCGCCACGUCGACUUCGGCAGCUUCCGCACCAACGGCAAGGCCAUCUUCAUCCACACCCUCAUCUUCUUCGCCGCCUUCACCAUCCUCACCCUCGCGCUCCACAUCCACAUCUACGCCGGAUAGAUGCGUACAGCACAAAACUACCCCAAAGCCUACCGAUCCUCUCCUCUCUUGUUCUCUUCUUUGGUAUGAAAUCGAUCCGGCCGGCGGCCAUGAAUCUGUAAUCCGAGCUUGUCGUCUUCCCCCGCCUAAGUCUGUUGUCAUCUGGCUGUACCGACCAGAUCCGUACUAGUAUUAGCUGAAGCGGAUUAAGUUGCUGCCUUCUGGUUAUCUGAUCGGUCUUGUUGUCACCAUGUGGAUCAAUGAGAUUUUAUUUCUUCUCUCUUUUAUUUUGCAA